AUGACCCCAAGAAGCACUGUGGUUGCCUUUCUACUAUUGGUAAUACAGUUCAUAGGAAUAGCUAACACACAACCGACUCCACUGCAAUGUGGCUCAACCACCGUAACAUUAAACCAGCUCUAUGAAACGUACAAGUAUCCAAAUUCCGGUUUAUAUCCCCAGUUGACAUCAUGCAACUGGCCUUUUCAAGCAGCUGAUCCAAGCAACAGAAUAACAUUCGAAGUAAAGGGGAUUUUUGUUGAUUGUGGCGACACACUCAAGUUCUAUGAUGGGUCAUCUUCGAGUGCUCAAGCACUUACUACAAGUGUGUGUUGCUCGAGUAGCAGCUCCUGUGGUUCAUCAAGACCACCACAAACCACCACCGGAAGUAAUAUAUUUGUGGAAUUUCAAUCUGAUGGAACACAAAAUUCUUAUGAGAAUGGAUUUCAAGUAUCCUUUUUAACUGGAAAGGAUGAAUCCAAUUGUGCAGUGUCAGGAGCAAACAACCUUGUUACACUGACUACCCAAACACCCUUGACAUCUCCAAAUUUUCCCGCCAAGUAUCCACUGAAUUUCGAUUGUACGAAUACGUACACAAAUCUAGGCGGCACAGUUACAGUUCAGUUGAAGUAUCUUGAUGUUGAGGAAGACACCAGUAGCCCCGGUGCUUGUUUUGAUUAUGUGGAGAUUUUUGAUGGAGUUUCGACCAUUUCCUCCUCAAUAGCAAAACUUUGUGGAACCACUGCUCCCACCCAGUCGUACACAUCCACAGGGGAAAGCCUUACCAUAAAGUUUGAAAGUGAUAACCAGGUGGCAAAAAUUGGAUUUUAUGCUGAUGUAGCCCCUGUCGACGGAGAAACAACAACAACGACGACGACAACAACAACGACAACAACAACGACACCAACGACACAAACAACGACACCACCGACACAAACAACGACGACAACGACGACACCAACGACACAAACAACGACACCAACGACACAAACAACGACACCACCGACACAAACAACGACGACAACGACGACACCAACGACACAAACAACGACACCACCGACACAAACAACGACGACAACGACGACACCAACGACACAAACAACGACACCAACGACACAAACAACGACACCAACGACGACAACGACGACACCAACGACACAAACAACGACACCAACGACACAAACAAUGACACCAACGACACAAACAACGACAACAACGAGGACAUCAACGACAACGGCGCCAAAAACAACAAGGAAGUGUUGUCGUAGACGGGGACGUAGAUGUGGGACCCUCCGAAUGAAAAGGAGGCACGUCCCAUAAAACAGCUGAGGAAAUGGACAGUGAUUCUCAUAGACUGAAUUUAGAAAUAUAUGUAAAAAUGAAGAAGUGAAUUUAUUUUUUAUUUCUCAUUGUUUAAUUUACUUCACUUCCAGCUCACUGGAAAUGCUAUUUUGUAUACCUUUUUUAGGUCACAUGAGUCACUCGGGUGACCUAUUGCUUCCUGUUUUAGUCCGUCGUCGUGCAAUGU